AUGUCGGACUUUGGUGCGGAUCAGCCGAGUCUCCAGAUCCAUCAGAUCCAUCUAUCACGAGCUGUUCUUGAUCCUCCAGCUUUUCGGAUUUUGUCGAAUGAUAAGGCUCGCCUUCUUCGUCGAGCUGGAUCGUGGGAGCGCAAAAAGCGCGAGCUCCGAGCUCUCGAAGAUGGCGGCCAAGAUGUCGUUCAAAAGGUUUCCCUGGGCCAACGGACAGAUCACAAAGAGGACAUGACACCGAGCUACCUGCCUCAUUAA